AUGUAAAAUUUGAAAUUCAUUAAUAAUGAACUAGAAUCCUAGCUUAAGGCUUCUCAUCUUGAAACAAGAUAAUUGAAAUAAGAAAUCAUAAAAAUUAAUCAACUCAAUGCUUAAUUAAAAGAGUAAUUGCAUUAAAAUAAUAUUUCAUCUGAAAUAGAGGAUUAAUAUAAGUAAUCACUUAUUGAAAAUAAAAUGCUUAAAAAAGAAUUAGAAUUUUAGUAUGUUAUUUAUUAAUAAUCAUUUAGUUAGUUAUAAGAAUAAUCAAAAGUAGAUUAGAUAGCAUCAAAACCAUCUUAUGAAUAAUUAGAAAAAGAACUUAAUGAUUUACAAAUGUUUUUUAAAAAAUACUACAAUCUUCAAGAAACGUAUGAAAUUAUAAAUUAACAACUUUAGACUAAUGAAUAAGAUACCAAUAUAAUUACUCAAAGAAUGUUGGUAAGCUAUUAAUUAAACAUUUAAAUCUCAUUUCAAUAUUCAUCAAACAAUUUAAAAUAUAUAAGAAGAAGUAUCUCUAUUAGAAUAGGAUUAUAAAUAAAUAUUACAUACAAAUAAAGACAAUGAUUCAGAAAUUCAAUACUUAGCAAAAUGUAAAUAUGGAAAUAAAUAAAUUAGAAAAUAUAAUUGUAGAAAGAAGAGUUGAAAUAGAAAAAUGUAGAAAAGAAAUCUAAUUAAAAUUAUAAGAAACAAAAAAAAUGGAAUAAGAGUUGGAUGAAUUAUAAAAAGAAUUUGAUUAUAUAUGUAAAAUAGAACAGAGAAGAUAUAAUUAAUAAAUAGAAAUUGAAAAAUAAUUAGUUUAAGUUAGAUAAAAAACUACUUAACCAGUUAUUGAAUAAAAAGCAUCAGUUUUACCUGUCUAAAGAAGUAGAUAGCAUUCUGAUUAUUUCAGACCAAAUUAAAUAUCUAUUGAUUCUUAAUAAUCAAUUAAACCUUUAAUAUUUAGAGCACCUAAACAUAGUGUAGUGUAAUAAGAAUCUGAAAAAACUAAUCUAGAAAAAACUAUAGAUUAAACAAGAUAAAAACUAAGUAGAUAAUUAAGUUUAGCAUCUAAUUUACGUGAAUCCACAAAAUGA